AUGAGGCUUAGGAAUGGGAUGUGGCUGCCCAUAGAGGGUAAGAGGGUAGAAUAUGCAGAAGACGUCUAUACCAUCACAGAGCAACCAAGCGGGCGUGCUCUAUCGUUGUUAUGUCCCACAAAGCACGUCCGCAGUCGUGGAGAUACCCUCAACCUGCCUACGGUGACCAUUGACAUCGAAGCCGUCUUUGAUGGCGUGCUCUCGGUCGAGGUGACUCACUGGUCCGGAGCUGUGAGCAGAGGUCCUCACUUUGAGCUGUUUCCGGAGGGGAAGCCUCAAGGAGACGCCAGUAUUUCUGUCUCUGACAAAGGGACAACCCUCACAUCUGGUUCCGUGAGCGCCACAAUCCAUCCAGACCAACACAAUUUCGACAUUCGCUUUCAUGCGACAGAUGGAUCCAAGCAACUCACCUCCUUGCUCAAUCGCAGCGUGGGGUUUGUCUAUAGCCCUUUCCCGAGCAGCCCUGUGCAGCUUGAUGACAUGAGACAAUUUAAAACCUACAUCUUCACUCAGACGACUCUAAGUGUGGGCGAGACGGUACACGGGCUUGGCGAACGAUUUGGCGCCUUCAACAAGGUCGGACAGAGCGUGAUUCUCCGGAACAACGACGGCGGUACGUCGUCUGAGCAGGCGUACAAGAACGUGCCCUUCUGGCUGAGUAGCCGAAAUUAUGGCUUGUACAUCGACACGCCAGACGAGAUAGAACUCGAGGUCGGAAGCGAACGAUUAUGCCGUGUACAGACAAGUGUAAAAGGCCAACGACUCAAGUGGUACUUGAUCUAUGGGACAUCACCGAAAGAGGUUCUCUACAAAUAUACGACACUGACUGGCAGGGCGGGGAGGGUACCCAGUUGGAGCUUCGGCCUGUGGCUGUCUACGUCGUUCACCACAAGCUACGAUGAGAAGACUGUCAAUUCGUUUCUCGAGGGCAUGGCAGCCCGUGACAUCUCGGUCGAGGUGUUUCACUACGAUUGCUUCUGGUUGAAGGCCUUCCACUGGUGUGAUUUUCUGUUCGAUCCUGAUUUUUUUCCCGACCCCAAGGGCAUGAUAGCCCGCCUGACUUCCAGCGGCCUGACCAAGAAAGUCUGUGUUUGGACCAAUCCAUAUCUUGGCCAGGCGUCGCCCGUGUUCACAAUGGCAGCAGAGAAAGGUUAUCUUUUGAAACGCCAAAAUGGAGAUAUCUGGCAGACAGACCUUUGGCAAGCAGGAAUGGGCCUUGUCGACUUUACCAACCCCGAAGCCACCAGGUGGUUCGUUAGCUGUAUGGAGAGCCUCUUCGACGCCGGCGUCUCCGCCAUCAAAACAGACUUUGGAGAGAGGAUUCCGGUCGACGAUGUUGCGUGGUUUGACAAAACCGUGGACCCUUCGAGGAUGCGCAACUAUUACUCCUUCAUUUACAAUAAAACAGUGUAUGAGGCUCUACAGAAGCGGUAUGGCAAGAGCGAAGCUGUUCUCUUUGCGAGAGCUUCAACAGCAGGCUGCCAGCGUUUUCCUUUACAAUGGGGGGGAGACUGCGAAUCCACUGCGGAGGCGAUGGCAGAGUCUCUUAGAGGAGGUCUAUCACUUGGCCUAUGCGGAUUCUCUUUCUGGAGUGUAGAUAUUGGUGGUUUUGAAGGCUAUCCUUCCCCAUGGAUAUACAAGCGAUGGGUUGCGUUUGGGCUUCUGACAUCUCACAGUCGUCUUCAUGGCAGCAACAGCUACCGCGUUCCUUGGACGAUCGACAACGACGAUCAGGGGGACCAUAGUUGCACGAAGACAUUGGCAAGGUGGACCGCCCUCAAGGCUCGCCUAAUGCCAUAUUUGUACGCACAAGCGGCAGAAGCAAUCGCUGGAGGUCUUCCACUAAGCGUUCGCGCCAUGUGUUUAGAGUUUCCCGAAGAUCCAACAUCUUGGUAUCUCGACCGUCAAUUCAUGCUUGGGAGCAGAUUAUUAGUAGCUCCAGUAUUCGAGGAAAGCGGAGAGGUGGAGUUUUAUCUACCCAGAGGCAACUGGACCAACUUUUUCACGGGUGAGGUAAGAGUUGGGCCCGGGUGGAGAAAAGAAACACACAACUUUGACACACUGCCGCUGUACGUCCGCGAGAACACAGUUCUGGUCAUGGGCAAAGAAGGCGAAAGGCGGACAGUUUACGACUAUCUCGAGGACGUCGAGGUCCGCUUGUAUCAUACCACCGCCGGAGCUAAGGCAGAGCUGGUGGACAGUGAGGGUAACGAAAGAGGUACACUGCAGAUUGACGAGGAUAAUCUCGUCAUCGGGAAGGAACUUCUUUGCGGGAAUCCGAAGAUACAGGUGAUAUCUGGUUAG